UUGCGCUCGUCAUCUGGGCGCUCGGCGCGUUCUGGCUCCUCAUCGCCCUCCUGAGCAUCAUCGACACCGCCUUCGAGGGCCAGAUCCCCUUCAAUAUGGGCUGGUGGGGCUUGACGUUCCCCAUCGGCACGCACGCAGUCGCAGCUACUACACUUGGCCGGCAGCUCGGCAGCACCGCGUUCAAAGUUGUCGGGACGGUCGAGAGCGUAGCGGUGGUCUUGCUGUGGAUCUACAUCGCGGGAAUGACGACCGUCAAGAGCAUCGAAGGCUCGAUCUUCUCCGCUCCUUGCCUUGGACCGACGGGACAGCCACCGAAAGAAGCGCCUCGGAAGAAGCGACCGUAG